AUGGAGCCGUUUUUGGACCAGUUCUCGGAAUUUCACCCCAUCCAUGGAACCAAUGUCCGGCUGGACCUCUCGGGAACCCAGGCCACUCGGGUAGACAGCUUUGCUAACGGGGUUUGUUUCAGCAAACGGCCUCUGAAGCCUGGAGAGAUUUUCCUCAUCGAGAUCGAGGACAAGGAGCUGGGAUGGUGCGGUCACCUCCGGGUCGGCCUGACGGCCAGGGACCCCAGGAGCUUAAGCGCGGUCCCCGAAUACUCCAUCCCGGAUUUGACCGAACUGGGGGACAGCUGGGUGUUCGCUAUAACCCGCAACCACAAUAAAGUCGUAGAGGAGGAGGCCGAGGCCCCCGGACUGGUUGAGGGGCAGCGGCUGGGGCGAGGAGAAGCGGAGAAUGGGGCUCAGGGAGACAACCUGAAGCCAAAGACCUUCUUCACCGACACCCACUUGCACAUCGAGGACGUGAAAAUUCCCAGAGACAAGCUGGUCGGCCGGAGCAGACCUGGACGCUUCAGCCACAUCUUGGACGAUUUGUAUAAGACCAACGCCCUGCCUCCAACAGCCCGACGCAGCCGGAUAGGAGUUCUGUACGUUCCUAAAGGACAAAACCUGGCCGACAUGCACAUAGUGAUCAAUGGUGAGGACAUGGGCGCCUCGGCCAGGGGGAUCCCCGCCAGCCAGCCCCUCUACGCAGUGGUGGACGUUUUCGCUGCCACAAAGUGCGUCCGAAUUGUCCAGGUGGACUACGGCUGGGAACUUUCAAAUCAAGGAACACAGAUGUAA